UAAAUCAUAUUUCCUCUUGCUCUUUUAUUUAUUUAUUUCCGAUUUAGUAGGAAAUUAAAAGAAAGUUUACAAGAUUGCAUAAAAAAAAGGUAAAGAAAUAGCAUGCAUUAAAAAUAUCAAAACUUUUCUCUCAUUCUCAAUAUUUUUUUUAUCGAAUCUCCAAAAGAUAUUUAUGAUCAUACUUUUGUAACUGUGAUCAUAUAUGAUAUCUUAAUGAUUUGAUAGUUGUUGCCGUCAAUCUAAAUUGGUGUGGUACACAUAUGAGUGGAUGUUUCCAUCAACUAUUACAAUAAAGUAUUUUUCAUCCCAAUUGUUGUUAUCAAUUUUUUUGGUAUGGAUCAUACUGCAGUUGAGCUAAAUGGAUCCAAUGUGAUAAACUUUCAUGAUGUCACGAUAAUUUGUCAAAAAUUUUGCAAUACUCGAAGUCCUGAUUGUCCUCGUGAUUUUAGCAUAAUCCUAUUUGACUUGUCUGUGGUUCUUAUUUUAAUCCAUAUUAUGCGAUUUCUGAUGAAGCCUCUCAAACAACCUAAAGUGAUCCCCGAUGUCCUUGCAGGCAUUAUCCUAGGACCAUCAGGCUUAGGUCAUAAAAAGAAUUUUGCGAAGGCUUACACUACAGAAAUUACGGAAUUUAUUAUAACUAAUAUCGGAUUUAUAGGGUUAAUGUUUUUCGUAUUUGUGAUGGGGGUGAAAACAGAUUUAUGUGCUGCUACCAAGGCUGGAAAAAAGCAUUGGGUGAUUGCAUCAGUUGGGGUGGUGAUUCCCCAUUUUGUCGGUUACUUAGUAAUAAGUAAUAUUAUAAACGAAAUAGAUCCGGUGCUCCGUUAUUCUGGAGGUUGUAUUAUUUCAGUCAUGAUUAUCACAACUUUUCCAGCUACUAACUCCAUUCUGAAAGACAUGAACCUUUUAAGUUCCGAAGUUGGACGUCUUUCAUUAACAACAGUGGUCAUGAGUGACAUUGCUGGGAUAUCUGUUAUGAUUUUGUUUGAAGCUAUAAAGCUAGCAAGGAGAAAUAAGAUUAGUAUGCUAUAUUUUCUACUAACGACUUUUGGAUUUGGUGGAUUAAUUUCUUUUGGCGUACCACCAUUAAUGAAAUGGAUUAACGUAAAAAAUCGUAAAGGGAAAUUUGCUGAGCAAAACUAUGUUAUUGCUUCCUUGAUUGGAUGUUUAUUGUCUGGGUUCACAGCUGAUUUUACUGGGGGUGCAAUGGGAAAUGGACCAAUUUGGCUUGGACUAGCGAUGCCUAAUGGGCCUUUAGCAGGGGCAACCAUUGUGCAUAAUGUUGAGCUUAUUGUCAAUGAAGUUUUUAUGCCUUUUGCAUAUGCUACUAUUGGUCUUAAAACGAAUGUCUUCGAAAUGCUUCAGAGUUGGUCUCACUUAACUCCCAUUUUUGCUUUCGGUGUUAUUUCCUUUGUAACAAAACUUCUUACGACUAUUGUAGCGGCCAAAUUUAUGGAUAUGUCGUAUAGAGAUUCAGCAACUACAGGCUUCAUGCUCAACCUUAGAGGUCAAACAGAAUAUUAUGCGUGUCUUCAUUUAUAUGAACUAAAGUACCUGAGCACACCAUCUUUCACACUUAUGGUGGUUAUGAUAACUACUAUGACAAGCAUAUCUUGUUGUAUAAUUAACUUUCUUUAUGAUCCAACGAUUCCAUAUAAGAUCAACAAGAAAAGAACCAUACAACACACAAUGCAAGAGUCUGAACUUCGAAUACUAGCAUGUAUUUACGAUCAAGAAAGUUUAUCUAGCCUAUUUAAUUUCCUAGAAUUUUCUAAUCCAACUACGAAGAGCCCAUUCAAAGUUUAUACUCUAAACCUUAUCGAACUCAUAGGGCGAGGUGCCCCAAUUUUCAUCGACCAUACUAAACCGAAUGAAGAGUACUGGGACGAUAACAACGAAGUCGUCCAUAAUUCCAUUAAGUUCUACGAAAAGGCUCAUAUGGAAUGCAUUACUAUGAAUUUCUUUACUAGUGUUACCCCUAAUAGGACCAUGUACCAAGACAUCUGCGAGUUUGCUUUGACAAACAAAGUAGGAUUUAUUAUUUUACCCUUCCAUAAGAAAUGUAUUGAAGUUGGAAAUGAUUUUUCAAAUGCCAAUCUUAGGCCGGGGGUACAAUCUACUAAUGCUAACACGUUAUCCCAUGCACCUUGCUCUGUGGGAAUUUUUGCAUGCAAGAAUUUUUCUCCCUGGGGGACACUCACAACUAUAGGAAGUCAACGUAUACACCGCCAGUUCGCUAUACUCUUCCUUGGUGGGCCCGAUGCUCGCGAGGCCCUCACACUGGCAGGACGUAUGGUAGAACAUCCAGAUGUGUCGUUGAUUGUUGUUAGGUUCUUGUCAAAUGAGUAUAAAGGGGAUGAUAUAUUAGAAAGGAGGAUGGAUGAUGGGGUGAUAACAUCAUUUUGGGUAAAAAAUGAAAGGAAUGAAAAAGUUGAGUACAAAGAAGUUGUUGUGAGUGAUGGUUCUGAAACAAUUUUGGCCAUUCAAUCAUUAAACCAUAGUGUUCCAAUAGAUCUUUGGAUUGUAGGAAGAAAUAAUGGAAUUAAUCCAACUUUGUUAAAUGGUUUAUCAGAAUGGAGUGAUGAUCCUUACUUGGGAUUAUUAGGCGAUUUUUUGGUGUCAAUGGAUUUUGAUACAUCCGGAUCUGUAUUGGUUGUGCAACAACAAGUUUUAAGAGAUCAACAACGUAGUAAAAAUUGUGUUUGUUUGUAGAAAAAAUAUAUGAAUAAAAUUUAAUUUCAGUAACUUAAAAUUUUUUUGAUUUGCAAAAGUUGUGAUCAUAUAGUUAACAAUAUAAUUUAGGUUUUGGUGAAGUUUCAUCUCUAUUAUAUAAGCCAACUAUCAGAAAAUUUUGUGAACCCUCUAAA